AGAUUCUCCACAACUCGGUGUAUUGUGAACAAAUGUUGGAUCCCUCAACAUUUUUACGUUUUUACUACUUCUGUGUCGAAAGAAAAUGUCUACGUCCCCGAAUCGAAGAAUGUUUGACGCACCAAACCUCGACACGAGCAUUGACUAUGAGCUUGUGAUAGAUGAAAGAGAUUUGAAUGCGGGAGCUAGAGCUAGUUUUGGUCGUCCAGCACACGCAGAUCAACACGUUGAUCUCAGGACACGCAACUAUCUGGUUUUCAAUGUAGAGAGUCAAAAAAGCUGCACGACGAGAGAGAGGAACGGCACCUACCAAAACGGCACAAAUUCAAUAAAUACAAAUUUUUUCUCAAGGAACACAAUGUCGUCGUUAACUUCUUCCCCGAUGGAAAUUGUUGCUGGUCCUCCCGACGCUUCGCCCGCGGACUCCGUGGACAGCAGCGGUUUCAUCAACAUUCGCCCCAACAACGGCACCCCCUUGGACCGGGGCGCGCCGGCGAGUCUGGUCUUGGAAAAUGGGGUGGAGAUCAAGGGAUUCAGCUUCGGUGCGGAAACCUCCGCGGCCGGCGAGGUGGUCUUUAACACGGGGAUGGUGGGCUACCCCGAGUCGCUGACCGACCCGAGUUACACGGGGCAGAUUUUGGUGCUCACCUACCCGCUGAUUGGAAACUACGGCGUACCGGGGGACGACGAGGUGGAUGAGCAUGGUAUGCAUUGAUGUUCUUGUUGACAUGGUUGUACUUGUAGAAUUUCUACUGUGAGGACCGUGCUGCUGCGCCGCGGUGGUGCAUUUUGCAAUCAGGUCGUUGCUAUCAUCUUCCCAGCACUUCUGAUAUACCAACAUAAAUAAAAUCGGAGGAGGAGAUCAGUGAAAAAAAAUCAGGUCUGUUCAAGCAUUUUGAGGGCAAGCAGAUCUACGUGAAGGGCAUCGUUGUCGCGGAUUACUCCUUCGAGUCCUCUCACUACCAAUCCAUAUGAAAGCCUCAGGUUGGAAAUCCGCAAAGUGUAAGUGAAGCUACUUUGUAACGCAAAAAACCACUCCAGUUGAAGCGCCACUUCUCGGCGACGCAUGACAAAUUUCCCGGGCAGCACUCAAAGCAUGUCUGUCAUGCUGGUUAACGCAAAGGGGUGCCCUUUUCUCGUGCUAAUCAGCACUCCAAUCCUUAACCCGUAGAAGGACAAUAGUCUGCCUCCAUUGCGUCCCCUGCAAUACAGUCGUUUUUUGCGUCGCAUUUCAUGCAUCACAAGUUAUUCUUAUUUCCACUUUUUGAGGAUUUCCAUUUCGAGGCUUUCAUAAUCCAAGCGCUCCCUCUCCACCUGGUUGAAGAAGCACAACAUAUGACAGUGCACAACUCCCCCUGCUCCCCCUCAUUUGUCUAGCAUGAACAGCAAUACAAGCAUCAGCAAGAGUGCCUGUUUUGCAUGACAAAUUUACACUGGAGUCUGGUGCUAUUUCUUUGAACUACCAAAACUUGUCAUGCAAGCAGUGCCAUAAGGCAGCGACUGGAUUCGGGGUUUUGCAUGACAAGCGAAGGGGAGAGGGAGCUGUGCACUGUCAUACAACAUCCCGGGCAUGUACGGAGUGGACACGCGCGCGAUCACGAAGAUGCUGCGGAAUGAGGGUGCGAUUUUGGGAAAGAUCGAGAUGGAAAAGGACGGGUCGAUCGAGUUUGACGAUAUCCUGUGCAAAACUAUCGUACUGCUCGUAGUAAUUGCAAUCAUGCAUUGCAAAUCUUUUUCUUAAAGGUAACUCAGCAUUACAAAUUUUCUUUCUCAUGCUGAGGAAGUUUGUAAUGCAUUUAUACGCGUACGAUACUUUUGCAAUUCAUAGACGACCCGAAUAAACGGAAUCUUCCGGCGGAGGUGUCGUGUAAGGAGAAAAUCAUCUACACGCCGAAACACAUCGACAAGCCGAAGUGCCGGAUUGUCGCGAUGGACUUCGGGAUCAAGUACAACAUUAUCCGCUACUUUGUGAACGUCCUCGGCGUAUGAAUUGCAAACGUAUCGUACUAGUAGUAAUUGCAUUACAAAUUUGCUCAGCAUGAGAAAUGGAAUUUGUCGUGGUGUUGAACCUUGGGAUGGGGAUUUGUAAUGCAUGGCUGCGAUUACUACGAGUGCGAUACUUUUGCACAGGAUACGGCGUGGAAUUAGUCCGCGUGCCCUGGGACUACGACAUCUGCAUAUCAAGUGCAAAAAUGUCUGGGUCUGGAAGAAUGCAAGUUUGUCAUGCUUGUCUCACAUGAGGACUCUCAAAUUUGUCAUGCACAUUACCCAAGAGCUGCCCCAUUUUUCUGUCAUGCAGAAACGCAGUUUGUCAUGCAGAAUAGGCAACACCUAGAAGCUCAGAAACUUGUCAUGCUGAGCCAGCACUUGUGGCCUCUUCGUGAUAUUACGCCACCCAGCAUCACAAGUAUCCAGACCCAGACACAUUUGCAUUUCAUACUGCAAGGAGAUCGACAACAUGGACGGGCUGUUUCUGUCGAACGGGCCGGGGGAUCCGAGUUACUGUCAGACCGCGAUCGACCACUUGCGGAAGUUCAUGCAGUUGCCCAAAACGAAGCCGAUCUUCGGAAUCUGCCUGGGGAAUCAGCUGUUGGCGCUCGCCGCCGGCGCGACGACCUACAAGAUGAAAUUCGGGAACCGGGGCAUGAACCAGCCGUGCGUCGACUUGCGGACGCUCCGGUGCUACAUCACGCCACAGAACCACGGGUUUGCGGUGGACUCCGCGUCGCUACCCGCCGAUUGGUCCCCGUUCUUUGUCAACGGGAACGACGACAGCAACGAGGGCAUCAUCCACAGGGUGAAGCCUUGGUUUUCCGUCCAAUUCCACCCGGAGGCGUGCGGGGGGCCGACGGACACGAGCUUCUUGUUCACGCAGUUUAUCGACACCAUCAUGAAUUCGGGGUCGUUACCCUUGUUAUGGAAGUGUCAGGAUUGAAAUUGACAAAAUCUAAAUGAUUUGUCAUGCGUAAAAUGGAUUUGGAUUCCAGUUCGAACCAAGUUUCUAAGUGGCGCAUCACAAAUUCUCGUGGUGCCUAAAUCCAGUUUGUAAUGUUGUUUAGGCAAAGAAGACUGAUCCUCUCAUGCUGCAAAAAUGCAGCUCUAGCUAUAACCCCAACCAGGCUUACAAUCGGCCUCACUUGCCUGCUCUGCAACACACGCACUUCGCGUCAUGCAUUUUAUGCAUCACAAAUUUGUCGACUUUGUCAAUGUCGAUCCUGAUGAUUCUAUAUUUGUCCUUGAUGCCGUACAGACGACCGCAACAGGGCUACAAGAAGGUGUUGGUACUGGGUUCUGGUGGUCUUUUAUCCUAUGCAAAAAUGUCCCCACCCCAUAGUCAAGAUGGGGAAUCGGCUAGACAAAUCCACAAGCUUUGGCUGUUUUGCAUGACAAAUUUCGACUCGUAGUGUCGUGUUGUUUGACGUAGUUAAGCAGCAUCACAGAGCUAGUGCAUCAUGCUGAUUGGAGCAUGACAAAUUCCAAAACACACCUAGAAAAUGCUUCUCAUGGGGCUCCGCAUGGGAAACAUUUUCAGCAUGCAGAUUUGAAUAUACAGCUAUGGGGUGGGGACGUUUUUAGAUACGAUAUCUUUCUAUCGGCCAAGCAGGCGAAUUCGACUACUCCGGCUCGCAGUGCAUCAAGGCUCUGAAGGAAGCGGGCGUGGAAUCAAUUCUGAUCAACCCGAAUAUUGCGACCGUGCAAACGUCGGCUGGUAUAAUUAACAGAGUGUGUAGGUUCUUGUCAUGGAGUUUGUCAUGCAUGGUGGUCCUGAAUUGCAUUUUGAUUUGUCAGACGUAGCAUACUGUGCAAAAAAAUUCAACAUUCAACACUAAGGUCUCGCGGACAAGGUUUACUUUCUCCCCGUCACCCCCCAGUUCGUGGAGGAAGUGAUCAAAAAAGAGGAACCCGACGGCAUUUUCUGCACCUUUGGCGGGCAAACCGCACUGAACUGCGCCGUGCAGAUGUUCGAAAACGGGAUCUUCGAAAAGUAUGGCGUCACGGUCCUCGGCACCCCGAUUUCCGCGAUCAUCAUGACCGAGGACAGGGAAAAGUUCGCGGAAGCGGUGGACAAAGUCGGGUAUAAAGUCGCGGAGUCGAAAUGCUGUAACUCCGUAGAAGAAGCCGUCGCCGCCGCGGACAGCAUCGGUUACCCGGUGUUGGUGCGCGCUGCUUUUGCCCUGGGUGGACUAGGUUCCGGUUUUUGCGCGAAUCGGGAGGAAGUGAUCACGCUGACGAGAGUCUCUUUCCAGAAAUCGUCGCAGGUGAUCGUGGACAAAUCCCUGAAGGGCUGGAAGGAGCUGGAGUACGAGGUAGUCCGGGAUUCACUGGACAACUGCAUUACGGUGUGUAACAUGGAAAACUUCGACCCGAUGGGGAUCCACACCGGAGAUUCCAUCGUAGUGGCGCCCUCGCAGACGCUCACGAACGCGGAGUACCAACGGCUGCGGGAUUGCGCGUUGAAGGUACUUAUUGAAUACGCUCAGUAGUUGAAUUGCUCAUGCUGUUUGAGCUAUAUUGAGAUUGAAAGCAGAGCUGUCUGUCAUGCCGUUUCCGCAUGCGGAGUAAUUAAAGACACCACUUCUAGUACAACUGCCCACAAAAAUCUAUCACCAGAUGAUCCGCCAUUUGGGUGUGAUUGGCGAGUGCAACAUUCAGUACGCGGUCGACCCCCAUUCCGACCAAUUUCGCAUAUGAACUGCAAAUAUGUCAUCUGGGUCUGGAAGAAUCGGGGCUUGUCAUGCACAUUUUGCAUGACCCAUCAAGUCUGUGAUGCUGGUGCGAGCAUCACAGAUUUUUUGAGAGCUUCUUGAUGCUUAUUACGCAUGACAAAUGCCCUCUCCGCGUGCCAAGAACUGACUCCUCUUACUGCUCACGCAACACAGAUAUUUUUAGAAUUAGAAUCCGCAGACAGCAUUACAAGUUCCACUCUUACAGACCCAGACACUUUUGCAUUUGAUAUCGCAUCAUCGAAGUCAACGCGCGUCUCUCCCGUUCGUCCGCUCUGGCUUCUAAGGCCACCGGGUACCCCCUCGCGUACGUAGCUGCGAAACUCGGGUUGGGGCACGACUUGGUGCAUUUGAGAAACGCGGUCACGAAAUUAUGACCCGUUCAGACGUUACAAUCUCAACUGUUACAAUAGAAUCUGGAAAUCUGUGAUGCAAGAACUGCAUGAUCUAGCCUACUCCCAUAGGAUUGCGCAUGACAAGUUCCGGAGUCCCAAACCCACCUGAAAUCCGGCAAAAUUUGUAUUGCGAAAAGCUCAAUUCUCUCUGCGUUCCCCAUGCUCUUCAUGCAAUACAAAUGCCAGAUUCUAUUCGUAACGAUUGAGAUUGUAACGUUUGAGCAGGCCAUAGAAAUCUACCACCGCCUGCUUCGAACCCUCUUUGGACUACUGCGUCGUGAAAAUUCCGCGCUGGGAUCUGAAGAAGUUCGUCACGGUCGAUAAACACGUCGGGUCCUGCAUGAAGUCCGUGGGGGAAAUCAUGGCGAUCGGAAGGACGUUUGAAGAAACGAUGCAGAAGGCGCUCCGGAUGGUGGACGAGGCGUGCACGGGGUUCGACGGCGACAGAUUCGACCUGGAGGCGAAGAAGGGCAACGUCGCGACCCUGGAAGAGGUAAAGGAGGAACUCGCGGACCCGAGCCCAGUUCGGAUCUAUGCAUUGCAAAAGUAUCGUACUCGUAUAAAUGCGAAUCUAGCAUUACAGAUCUGCUUUCUUACCUGAAUCUGCAUGACAAAUUUCAGUUUUCUUCUAGGAAAAAUUUGUGAUGCAAUUUAUACUAGUACGAUACUUUUGCAUUGCAUAGCAUCUUCGCCGUCGCCAAAGCGUUCCAGUACGGAUUGUCCGUGCACGACGUGCACCAUUUGACGAAAAUCGACCGGUGGUUCUUGUCAAAACUGUACAACGUGCAUUCCCUGCAGGGAAUUUUGAAGAGCACAAGCCUCUUAACCUUGCAGCAAGACAACCAUUUGCUCGAAACGGUGAAACGACACGGGUUCAGCGACCGGCAAAUCGCAAAGUUGGUCACCCAGGGAUUGUUGUCGUCGAUUCGAGGACCGUCUGCCGCAGCCACGCCUUCUGAUGGAACCACAGUCCCAAGUACCGGGAAUAUUUCCUCCGGGAAUACCUCUUCUGAUUCGGUCGACGGAGCUGCAGCGGCGAAAAAGAAGCGGGAAUUAAAGGUCCACGACAGCAUCGACGCCUACACCAGUGCGGGGAGGCAGAUGAUGGUCGACGCGUCGUCUCCCCGGGCACGGCAACAGCAGUUAGUGACGGAGGAAGACGUGCGACACCUCCGAUUUCAAAAGCACAUCCACCCGUCGAUUAAGCAGGUCGACACCGUCGCCGGCGAGUUCCCGGCGGAGACGAACUAUUUGUAUUUAACAUACAACGGCGACGAACACGAUGUGCACCCGAUCAGGACCUCGGUGAGAUCCAGGAAAGAAACGUUGAAUUUUGACCGGCCCGGGUCCCCGCGAUUCCGGAUGCGAACACCGUCGAAGCCUUCCCCGGUGAACAGCGGAACGGAUCGCUUUUACAUGUCCGGUAUGCAUUGCAAAACUAUCGUACUGAGUAGAAAAUGCAUGAUAAGUUUUUUCAGAUCGAGAAAUCAAGUUUGUCAUGCCGUUUUGGGUAAGAAGGCAGAUCUGUAAUGCAAUAUGGCAAUUACAUACUACGAGUACGAUAGUUUUCUUGCGCUGGAUAACCGGUGCGGAUUUCCCCUCGCCGAAUCCCACGCGGGUGGAUCUGCAGUAUUCCGACGACUUUUUCAACCCCAUGCCCCGGUCCACAAGCUCCCAAGCGCCGCCCCCGGGUCGCACCUCCAGUAGCACGGCCGACAAGGGCAGCUCAGUCAUUGUGCUCGGCUGUGGCUGCUACAGGAUUGGGAGCUCUGUCGAGUUCGAUUGGUGUUGCGUGCAAGCGGUGAAAACGAUCCACAAGGCGGGCCGACCGGCGAUUGUGAUCAACUGCAACCCGGAAACGGUGUCGACCGAUUACGACGAGUCCGACCGGCUGUACUUCGAUGAAUUGUCGCACGAGACAGUUUUAGAGAUUUACCACUUCGAGUCCCCCUACGGGCUGGUCAUCUCCGUCGGGGGGCAGGUGCCAAAUAACCUCGCGAUGGGACUAGUGCAGUCCCCUCUGGUGAACGUGCGGAUUCUGGGCACCUCCGUCGCGGCGAUCGACUCGGCGGAAAACCGGUUCAAGUUCUCCCAGUUGUGCGACAAGUUGCAGGUGGAUCAGCCAGACUGGUCCGAGUUCAGCACCUACCAAGAAGCGCUCGCGUUUUGCAACCGGGUGGACUUUCCGGUGCUGGUCAGGCCGUCCUACGUCUUGUCCGGUGCCGCGAUGCGGGUGGUGGACUCAGCGGAGAACCUGUACAUACUUACUUACUUGAAAAUCGGGUUCUUUUUUGUGUUGCUGUUUAUUUGCAUGAGGUAUUUAGACCUAAAGUUUGCAUGUUGCAUAACAUGCAUCAGAAACAGUUCAUCCCAACAUUCAUUCGCAUGUAAACUUUAUCAGGUACGAAUUCCUUCGUUCCGCUGCCAUCGUCUCCCGUGACUACCCGGUCGUGAUCUCCAAGUUAUCUACAGAAAAAAACCCAUCCACAUCCUUUUUUGCAUGACAAACGCAUGACUUUAUACGUAUUUUGCAUGACAAGUUGGAUGUGGAUGGGUCUUUUUCUGUGGAUACAAGUACGUCGAAAACGCUAAAGAGGUCGAAUUUGACGGCGUCGGGUGCGACGGGGCGGUGGUAAACUACGCGAUCAGCGAACACGUGGAGAACGCGGGCGUGCAUUCCGGGGACGCGACAUUGUUAUUACCUGCACAAAAGCUCUACGUCGAGACGCACCGACGGGUGAAGAAGGUUUCAUAUGCAAUGCAAGAGUAUCGUACUAGAAUUGGUACGUAAUUGCAAGACAAGACGGCACUCAGCAAGAAAAAUGGAGUUUGUUGUGCUGGUUUACCUGGAGAAGCAGAUUUGUCAUGCGUAUCUGCGAGUAGUACGAGUGCGAUACUUUUGCACAGGAUAUCGCGACGAAGAUCGCGAAGGCUCUGUCCAUCUCCGGACCGUUCAAUAUCCAGUUCAUGUGCAAGGACAACGAGGUCAAGGUGAUUGAGUGCAAUCUCCGGGCGAGCAGAACGUUUCCGUUCAUUUCGAAGACGUUCAACAUCAACCUGAUUGCCUUAGCCACGAAGGUCAUGCUCGGGCAAAUAGUGCACCCGGAAAAAAUGCACCCGAUGGACCUGGACUACGUGGGGUGCAAAGUGCCGGUGUUCUCGUUCUCGCGACUGAAGAAUUCGGACCCGCGGCUUGGUGUGGAAAUGCAGAGUACCGGGGAGGUGGCGUGCUAUGGUAAAGUUGCAUUUGUUGUAAUGUGGUUCUUUACAACCUUGGCGUGUGAGUUGGCAUGCUGGUAGUUCGUUAUGCCUAGAUAGUGAUAGAUCUUCGCCUUGCAUGAUCCGUAGAGAAAACAAUCUGUUGAAAAUAAAACCGAACCAAACCGAAACACAGGUAUGACGAAGUACGAGGCGUACCUGAAAGCCUUGGUUUCCAGUGGUCUGAAGCUCCCAGAGAAGAACAUUCUGGUCUCGGUCGGCCACCACGCUUCAAAAAUGGAACUGUUGGGUGUCAUGCCGUAUGAAUUGCAAAAGUAUCGUACUCGUAGUAAUUGCAAACAUGCAUUGCAAAUCUUGUUCUUCAGCUAAAUCCGCAUUACAAAUUUCAUUCGUCAUGCUCAGGAAAUUUGUAAUGCAUUAAUACGAGUACAAGUUUGCAAUGCAUAUGCCAUUCCUGCAAGAGAUGGGCUAUCAGGUGUACUGCACCAAAGGGACGUAUCUACAGUAAAUUUCCUGUACACGUACAAAUGCUGUCUGUGCAUGACAAAAUUUGCCUUCAAUCCUAGUCUAGCAUGACAAGUUGUACACUGCAAGUUAGCAAAAUUUGUCAUGCAUUUUGUACAUGUACGGGAAAUUUACAAUGCAUAGGACCUUCGAAUUCUUCAAGGCAGAGGUACUUCUAGACCUCUACGCACGCUUUAUUUCAUUUUCGUUUUGCAAGAUGUUGCCAGCAUCCAUCGCAAUUAUUUUCAAAAUUUUGAUGACCAGCAUAAUAAUCUUCAAGUAGCUCUAGCUGAUGCAUGUCAUGCGAUAAAACUACACGAACACGAUCAGAUGCAGAACUUUACGGGUAUCCUGGUCCACAAACCGCACGUGAAAAAGACGCCGAACGUCACGGAUUUGAUUUCCCAGAACAAGAUCGAUUUGCUUAUCAACGUACCGGAUUCCAUGGACAGUCAGGGGGCGACCGACGGGUUUCAGAUGCGGAGGUUGGCGGUGGACUGCAAUGUACCCUUGUUCUACGACAUAAAAACAUCGAGGCUUUUCAUCGAGGCCUUGUAUAAAAAAUGGCAGCGGGAAGCCGCCGGAAAGGAGUUCUGGGGCAUCCAGAGCUGGCAAGGGUACACCAGCUUGCAGUAA